AAAGAGUUGCGUAGCUUAGGAGCUGAUUAUCUCAUCAUUGAGGCAACAAAAAUAUCUUUUAUUACUAAAGAAGCAAAUCAGAUUCAAGCAAGAAAGUGUAUACUUCGUGGAAUUAAUGGUUAUGAUUACAUAAUGAUAAUGCUAUGUAUGCGAUCAGCAGAUAUGGAAAAUCUUCGUGAGGUAAAAGAACCUCGACCAUUCCUUUCAAUAGAAAAAAAUCCAAUACAGGCAAGAGAAUUACUUAUCUGGAUUCAGAAAUCAAUACCAGAUAAAUUUUUCUUCUCAUUAAAAGAUAAGAAUGGGAAUACUAAUGUUGCACCUCUUAAUCAAUUCUUAAGUCGCCAUAGAAUUACCUCAUAUAUGUUAAGAAAAAUAGGUGCUAAUCAUGCUUCUAGAGUACAUGGAGGUAAGAAUGAUACUGGCCAUCAAUAUUUACAGCAAUUGGCAUGUAGACAUAAGAUAGGCCAUGCUUCAUCAGUUGAGUAUUAUGGUUGUGGAAAUAAUGUGGAAAUAUUAGAUCAAGCCAAUCCCCUUGGCACUGUUUCCAAUUUGCCGUUAACUAAUCCCAAGGAGGCCUCCCAAUCAACUGGAAUUUCACCUUUGAUGUGCGAAACAUUCAUACCACCUAUACUGAUGGAAGAGAUCGAGGAUAUAGCAACCCAACAAGUCAAAAGUAAUUUGAGGUGUGCCAAAUGUUCUGAAGAUCUUUCUUCAUGUCUCCUACCUAUAGGCUUUCUUCGAUUCUCUCUCCAACUUCAAGGCCCCUUGAAACCACUCAUAUACUUAACCUGCAAACAUAUCAUCCAUUACAAUUGUAUUGAUAAUCCACAAAAACUAUAUCCUAUAUGUCCAUCAACUAUUAUAGAACCGGAAGAGGAGGAAGAAUUAAGUGUUGAUAGCGAAGAACAACCUGAUACCAGUAGUAAAAAAUGUUUCAAUGAAGGUACGGAUGUCAACUCAUCUACACCCAAGAAGAAGGCAAAAAAAGCAGUUAGAAGAGAAGAUUUGCCAAUUUUGAAAAAGCUUAUCAAGGAAUUGUCUGCUCCAAUUCCACAGCAAAGCUCUUCUGGUAGUAUUAUUUCUCUACAAACAUUCCCCAAUAUGGAUAUUAGCUCGGUUAAUUUUUGUGAACUAGAUAAUAAGAUCAUCAAUGCCAAAGAUAGUAAUAAAAAAACUAUUUUAGAAAGUUUAUUAAAAUCUAAUAAACCAUCAUUAGAUCUUGUUCUCAAAGUUACAGUAUCACUUGACCUUAAUCCAUCAUUUCGUAUCUCUUUAUGCUUUCCUAAUGUUAAUGAAAUAAAAAACUUAAUUCUAAAAAAUAUCGUUUUGGUAAAGUUGGCAAAACCAAAAGAUAAAAAG